AUGCCGCCGCGCUGGUGGGCGGUAGCGGCGGAGCGCGCCUGCGCCGCCAGACGUGGCAGCAGCCCGCAGCGGCGGCGGCGGGUCCGGAGCGGGUCCGGCUCGGCGGCGGCGAUGGCUGUGCCGGGGCAGGGCGCGGGGGCUGCGCGGCGCCGCGGGCGGCUCCCGCUGCUGCUGUUCGGUCUGGCGGCGUUCUUGCUGGCAUUCGUGUACUCGUUGAAGGUGUCUCCGCUCAUAGAAAAAAUAAGUGACCACAAGGAUUUUAAGAAGCUUCUCAGGACACGGAAUAAUAUACUAGUGCUGUAUUCCAAAUCUGCUGCUGCUGCAGAAAGCUCACUCAGGUUACUGUCCGGCGUGGCCCAGGAGGUGAAAGGACGAGGUACUAUAAGCUGGAUAGACUGUGGUGAUACUGAAAGCCGAAAAUUAUGCAAGAAGAUGAAAGUAGAUCCUAAUUCAAAGGAGAAAGGAGUGGAAUUACUCCAUUAUAAGGACGGUGCAUUUCAUACUGAAUAUAACAGAGCGGUCACACUGAAGUCUAUAGUGGCCUUUCUUAAGGAUCCAGAAGGUGCUCCACUGUGGGAGGAGGAUCCCGAAGCCAAAGAUGUUGUGCAUGUUGACAGUGAAAAGGAAUUGAGAAGGCUUCUGAAGAAGGAAGACAAACCCCUUCUGAUGAUGUUCUAUGCUCCAUGGUGUGGUGUUUGUAAGAGAAUGAUGCCAUCUUAUCAGCAGGCAGCCACAGAACUGAAGGGUAAAUAUGUUCUUGCGGGUAUGAAUGUUUACUCUGCUGAAUUUGAAAGGAUAAAGGAAGAAUACAAUGUCCGGGGAUACCCCACAAUCUGCUAUUUUGAGAAAGGAAAGUUCCUGUUCCACUUUGAGAACUAUGGUGCUACCGCGGCAGAUAUAGCAGAGUGGCUGAAGAACCCACAGGCACCUCAGCCACAGGCUCCGGAGACUCCAUGGGCCGAUGAAGAAAAUGUAGUUUAUCACCUGACUGAUGAGGACUUUGACAAGUUUAUAAAAGAUCAUUCAUCUGUGCUAGUGAUGUUCCAUGCACCAUGGUGUGGGCACUGUAAGAAAAUGAAGCCAGAAUAUGAGAAAGCUGCAGAGUUUCUCCAUGUAGCCAGUGAUAGUCCAGGUGUCCUUGCAGCAGUCGAUGCUACCGUCAACAAGGUGCUGGCAGAAAGAUAUCACAUCUCAGGGUUUCCUACUUUGAAGUAUUUUAAGGAUGGAGAGGAGAAAUACACUCUGCCACACCUCAGAACAAAGAAGAAGAUCAUCGACUGGCUGAUAAAUCCUGAAGCACCACCUCCCCCUGAGCCUGCAUGGGAAGAAAAACAGACUAGCGUUAUCCACCUUGCUGGAGAAGACUUCAGGGAGUCCUUGAAGAAGAAGAAGCACUCUCUUGUCAUGUUCUAUGCACCAUGGUGUCCCCACUGUAAAAAUGCCAUUCCGCAUUUUACAACUGCUGCCGAAGUCUUCAAAGAAGAUCGAAAGAUCGCCUACGCUGCAGUGGACUGUGCCAAAGAACAGAAUCACGACCUGUGUAAGCAGGAGGGGGUGGACGGCUACCCCACCUUCAACUAUUACAACUACGGGAAAUUUGUGGAGAAAUAUACUGGAGAAAGAGGGGAGUCUGGAUUCACCACUUUCAUGCGAACCCUGCGAGAAAGAGACCAUGAAAGAGUAGGAAAGAAGAAGGACGAAUUGUAGUUUCUGCCUCAAAGCUUUCCGCUGCACUGUGAAUGGUUCCAGGUCUUUUGUUAAUGCACCUGAAACUUCACAUAUUCUCAAGACAGAGACUUUUUUUUUUUAUAAACAGCCAUGGCCAUUUUGUACAAUUUUGAAAUAAAGUGAAACCACUUGAUUUUUAAAAGGAAAAUAAAUUAGAAUGUUGCCAUAAUAUUUUAAAGAAAACUUAGCAUUUUCUCUCAUGUUGUGAGACUAUGCCCACUGACACUCCUAUGCAAUAUUUUUGUAGUCUGUAGUGUGUCUGUAGGUGAUGAUGUUUGAUAGGGUGAAUUUUUUUUUUUAAAGAUAUUGCAGUACAUGUAAAAAACAAAGGGGAGGGGACACGUUUUUUGGUUUGUGGGGUUUUGUUUUGUUUUUUUUUAACCAGUGAAGGAAAAUGGGACUUGCAAGACACAGAUUUAUCCAAAUGCAGUUUUACAUUCUUGUGAAAUAGUUACAUGUUCUUCAGUGAGGUUUGGGGGAACAAUUUUAAGGUGCUCAGGGAUAAAUAAGGUAUCUGAGUUAAUGAAGACAUUAACAUUGACCAGCCCAGAUCUGUUGAUUUCCUUUAAAUCUCUCUGGUCUUUAAAUCAGGACUGGUUACAUACCUUUAUAGAAUGUAUUGAGUGAACUAAGCCAAGUAUCAAAAAUCAGCAGAGCAUGGGUAAGAUUAAACUAAACCCUCCUUUUUUGGCAUCAAUAUUGUCAAAUGCAUCUGUAAGUUAUGGUGGGAGUGAUUAUCUUGUAGGGG